GAGUCAACGGUCUUUUUGCAGUUGUGUUUGUGGACAGGUGGUCUCAUCGUAUCCUUUUCCCUUCUUUGUUCUUUUUUUUUUCUCUGGGCCUAUCCUAUAGUUUCCACGGCACUUGGCAGAAAGAUAUGGCGCAGUCUUCCACUUGCUCCGGUCGUACCUGCCGGGGGUGCUAUGGCGAAAUUGCGGAGAUCAUCACCGGUGUGGACGGGCUCUACAUGCUGCAGACGAAGCGUCGCGGCACGGCGCAUCAGCUGAACGUCAUCUGGCGCGUCCUCGGCGAGCAGCUGGAGGAGAUUCUUCUCAGGAGAAAGUCCGCCGUGGUGCUUGAUUUCCUCCACGCCAGUAUUAAGGUUCAGAAGAUCGAGCGUUUCGACAACACGGUGCGCGUAGACAACAAACCGCAGCUCGUCCUUCUGCCCGACUUCACCUCUAAAUUUCACAUCAAGAACGUGCUGGAGAUGUGCGACGCCCACUAUCACGCCACGGUGCCGAACACGGUGGGUUACACCACCAUUGCUGAAAUCGUCGGCACCGACCGCUUCGUCGUGGAGGCGGCCGUUAAGGACUCGAUCCGGGAAAUCGGCAAGUAUCUGCAGCGCAAUGCCGCGGCGACUUUGACGAUUGACAUCGGCGUCGGCUUCCUCGAGUUCCAGGACCGGCAGUACCGCAUGAAGUGGAGUCCUGAGUUUCUGGCGCAGUUGACGGAGGCGGUGGGCACCGGCGUCGUGGUCACACCCUACGACCCGCCGUCCAUGACGCAAGGCGGCCCCCAAGCAUCGUGCCGCUUCGACAAAGGGUGCACGUCGGAGGGCCUGCUGCAGACGCAGGUGCGCGACACCUUGUUGGCGGAGUCACGUUACACCGUGGCGGAGCUGAAUGACGGCAUGGGCGGAUCCUCCUACCACAGGACGAAGUGGUAG